AUGGCUCGCGAUCGCGGUGCCAGCACGCGCGUGCUGGCUGACCGUGGCAAUGAACCCGGCUCCGCUACGUCGAGCAAGGCGUCGGCACCACAGAAGCGCGCCAACAAGGGGCCCACCACGGCUACACGGCGAGAGGACCUGAUGAAUGCGAUGAGUUCCAUGGACUCGCUUGCUGCUUUUCAUACACAGGAGCAACAGGCCGACUCCUUGGACAUGAAGGAGCUGCUUGAAGCACACUCUGUCAAGCAGGCCCAGGACCUUUGGGCCGCCGCCGUCAGCCUUCUCCAGUCCGAGGUCAUUCCCGCCCUCCCCAGCGGCGAUGCAGCCCCCGAAGCCCUGUCUGAGGUAUACACCCUUCCACUCUGCUUCCCACACAAGCAUCUGGAGCAGCAGGCCAUCAGCAGUUUCACCUUGGUCACGGAAAUGGCCCUCGCAGCGCCACCCGCCGUCCGAGAAGAUGCCGAUCUGCAGGUGCCACAGGACCUCAUUACCAUCGUCCUCGCCGUGCACGACUACCUGCUUGCUGCGCCGACCAGUGCUCGCGAGCUGCGAAAUGCCAGCAUUACUCUUCUUGGCAACUGGUUCCGGUAUCAGCGACCACAAUAUCAAGACAUUACGCCCCACUUGUGCUCAGCUGCAGUCAUCAUGGCUCUGGAGGAAAAAGCGAACCAGUCCGCCAUCAAGCGUCUCUACAGCAUGCGAGAAGCCUUUAUGGCCCUUGACUAUGAUCAUGAGUCCUCUGUUGCUCUCAAGAGCUGCCUGUUGCAAUGCGUUGUUGAGCCUCAAUUCUUGAACGUGCUUGAGGGCCGCCGCUUCCUGAGCUUCCUUUUUGGUCUGCACCUCAACUUCACGGAGCAGCUACAUACCAACAUCAAAAGCACCCUUCCCCACUGCCCAAAGAGUUUCAUCAGCGCAUAUGGCGAGAUCUAUUACCGAGCCUGGCGAGGUGCUUCUGGCGCCUACCAAACCACGAUUGAAAAUGCGUGCAUUCAGGACUUGAUCUAUCACGCCCUGCACGCCCGCAAGCCAGCCUUCCGUGGUCCCAAUAUGCCUCUCAUGCUACGCACGAUGCUGAAUGAUUUUCACGAAAAGAAGCAAGAGCGUGGGGUGGAUGAGAUGUUGACCAAGUUGUAUGAGCCUCUGCUGUGGCGCGCACUCAAAGUGGCCAAUCCUUUUGUGCGCCGCAACGCCGCUUGUCUGCUCGCCGACGUCUUUCCGUUGACCAACCCCAAUGCAUCACGCCCGGAGAAUGAAGCUCUUUUGGAGCAUCAAGUCGAUGCUUUGCAAGAGCUCCUCACUGACCCACACGCCGCUGUGCGCGCCACUGGUGUUCAAGCAGUGUGCCGAGUGCUCUGUGGUUAUUGGGAACUGUUCCCUGCAAAUGCUCUGAGCGGCAUUUUGACCAAGGUGGUCAAUGACCUGACACGCUUCAUUGAUCUGCUGCUUGCCGUCAAGGGCAUCCGUGACAUCCGCUUCCAUGACAUCGUGCCCCUGGAUCAGCUCUUGGCCCGCCUGCCUCUUGAGACACCCGGUAACCAAAAGCGACUGUGCAAACUGCUUCUCCCCACCUAUUUUCCCAUGGGCAACACAGACGAAGUUCGCUACGACCGAUGCGUGCGCCUUGUCGAAGCCAAUCGCGAAGCGAGUCGCAUCUUUUAUAGCUUGCUACCCGAGCUCAAGGGAAAGGCAUCAGACAGCGACGUGGCGCGCUUCGUCGCCGUCCUGGCUGCGGGCUUGUCGAGCGACGUCAAAGGCGAGGGUCUUUUUGAUGAAGUGGACAGCCUGAUGAAUGAAAUGGACGCUGCCAACGCCGAAGCUGCUGAGGAUACCCCAAUGGCUCGAGACACUCUGGUGGGCUUGAUGGAGGUGAUGGUGGUCUUGCUGGAGCAGCUGACACGGCGCCAUGGACAAGACACACUGACCUCUCGCCUGGCGGACCGCAUCAGCUCACUGGUGCAGUUCUUGCACACUCAAUACGGAGAUGACGAGGAGAUCCAGACCUGUACCAGCAUUAUCAUGGCUACCUUGCCCGACGUCUCCACGAAGGAGAUUGUGCAAGACCGUUUGGAAGAGCUCGUCGCCGCUGAGAGCAACACAGAUGACCUGAACGCAAACGUGCAUUGGCUGCUCCAGAAUCAUCAGCUACCUUCAUUGCUUUACUUGGGAGAACAGCUUGUCGCCAACGCCCUUCAAGUUGAACACGUGCCAGGCGUGGUUGUGCGUUCCAAUCAGCACAAGCGAGGCGCAAGCAAGUCCCGCUCAGAGGUGGAUACAGAUUUACUGACUGUAGAUGACACGUCGCGCAGCGGCUUGGGUGAUUCCAUCCUCAAAGCCUGUUUGACGUUUGCGGGCCAACAAGAUGCCACACCUGAAGACCGCAAGGCCUUGUUGGGCACGGCUCCGGAAUUGCUGCAGCGCAUCCCUGAUGUGGUGUUGGGUCGCUGCUCGGGAAUCAAAAUGCUUCCAACCAACGUGGACCGUGAGCUACCUCACAUGCUGAAUACUUGGUUUCAAAUGCAACUGCUCGUGGGCAGUGAGGUUGAUAUCUGGCAGGCGUUUGAUGAGCUAACGCGGGUGCUGACCACGGGCAUCUUGCCUGCGCUGGAGCAACUGACGACAGCCCCCAUCCCCAAAAAGGCAUCGAAGCGCUCCAAGGGUGCAAGCAAGGAUGCGCCAACGACCCUGCAAGAAGAUGUUUUGCAGGCUCUGGCCGCUGAUAUUAUUGGCCAGGCUAUUCCCGCAGCUUUGCGCCUCGGAGCUGUGGAGACGACAUCCAUCACCACGGCCGUGGAAGCAGCGUCGCAGGUGGCCAAGGUCAUGCCAGCCGAGGUCCUGUGCGAAAGCCUCAGCACGCUCUGUCAAGAGCUCUUGGCCAGCACUUCGGGCACUCAACCCCACGAGCAUGAUGCGCAUGGUCUGCGCCUUCUGCGUCUCAUGCUAUGCCAAGCCCAUGGCACGAGCACCGCCUUUGCCCCCGUCCGCACUUUGGUCGUUCGCCUGGCCUCGGUCUUCCAGCGCCGCCAGUUGCUCCAAACCUAUGUGGCAACGUUGGUGGAUGGCCUGCUUGACGGCAUGGAGGCUGCCGGGUGCAUCGACAAGACUAUUGGAGUGACAACAACCAUUGCUGCUCACACCGUUCUUCCCCUCCUCGCUGCAAGCCCUGCCUUGUUGUCAGCCUUCGUGCGAGCGCUGAAUGGAAUGCCAGCUGUGCCCCUCCGCCUUUACAAUGCAUUGCACCUGCUCUCGUUUCUUUGCUCUAACCAACCACUGCCUCUGCCCCCAAGGCUGAAGCAAGAAUGUGGCUCGGAGACGGUGUGCGGUGCUGACAUCAAGACAAAUCGCUUCUCGAUAGAUCUCAAGGAAGGUCGCCGUGAGCAAGCCAAAGUCCUUUAUGCGGCAGCCAAGCGCCUUCGCACGCACUUGCAAGACUCUGGCGCGUCUUCUGAGGACGCCGAUCGCUCUACGGAGUUGAUGCACGAUCGCGUGGCAAAGGCCUUUGAUGCUUUCAUUGCAGAGGAGCAACCGUCCACCGCUUAACUCCGAUUGCAGGCUUUUGCGUCGAAGCUCGUACACGUUGUGAAGAAAAAAAAAAUAAAGAAAGUUGGGAUUGUCGCGGCAGUGUCACUCGCCUGCCUUGCCGGUGCACCCAUUUUUGGAUGCAAAACGCGAAUGACAUGUCAAUGUGAGAAAGCUUGGUUUAUACUGUGUUGUUGUUCUUUAUUCUCGCUCGCUUCCAUCCAGUCUGCGGAUGGUAAGGUCUGCUGGUCUGCGAGCACAGCAGGCGCCCUUGGCUGUUCUCUGUGUGUUUCAGUUUGUGUGAGGACCACUCGUGGUGUUGUUGUGUCGUGCAAAGUCAGCACAGCUCUAUAACCCACUCAAUUGUACUCGUGGCUU